AAAUUGAUUAUUCGUUUGAUUUCCCUGAGUAAAUCGAAUAAUUAAUCGAUCAUUAUCUCUCUCUCUCUCUCUCUCCCAAUCUGCUUCACUCGCCAAACCUCUUUUCUUCGCCGGAACCCUAGGUCCGCCCCAUCAGCUUGAAUUUUCCGUAGAUGAACGUGCGAUUAGGGAACAUCUGAGGUCGGUUUUCGUCGCCGAAUGGAGGGAGGAAUAGCCCCAUGGAUUAUGAUGACAGUGACUUUCAAAACCAGAAUCUCCAUUUAGCUGGUGAAGCUAACACUAAGUUUCCUCCGGUGUCUCUUCCAAGGUUUGAUUUUGACGAGCAUCUGAGGUUUGAUAGUUUAGUCGAAACUGAGGCUUUUCUUGGUAUUGAGGGUAACGAAGAUAGUAACUGGAUUGAGGAUUUCUCUCGUGCAAGUAGUGGUGUAGUCUUUAGCUCAGCUGCAACAGAGUCUUGUGCCAUUUCUAGGCAUACUAAUGUUUGGUCUGAGGCUACUUCCUCAGAAUCCGUUGAAAUGCUUUUGAAUUCAGUUGGACAGGACGACCAAGUCAUUGUAAGAGAGAAAGAUAAUUCUAUCAGGAAAUCUGGUGAGCUAGGCUGCACAAUGGAUCAAUUCGAGCCUGGCCUUGAGACUAUUCUUUCCAAAGAGGAAACUCCCACCAACCCUUCUGUGGAUGAUACUCCAGGAGACUCCUGCAAGACAGAUGCUGCACAGGAACAGGUCCCGCUGAAAGAUGACUCACCAACUCUUGUGGAGGAGGAGCCGGAAGAUAAUGCCAUUUUGGCUUCAAAUACAGCCGCUGUGCCUGUAGAGGUUGUGGAUACUGCUUGUCAUGAUAAGAUAGGGACUGAGACAACCCAUAGUCUUCUUGACCAAACCGUUGCGGAAAAUAAUGCAGUUUUAGCUCAUGUGAGUUCGGCUGGUCUUGAUUCGGUAGGAACUGAGACGACUGACAGUGUUCAUAACCAAACCCUUACGGAAGAGGCAUCCAUGGAGGAAAACAGUGUCGUUUUACCUUCAGAUACCGGGACUGUAGAGGCUGUGGAUACUGGUGGUCAUGCCAAUAUAAGAACUGAGACUACUGAUAGUCUUCUUGACCAAACAGAAGACGAAGCCAACACAGAAUCAAGGAUGGAAAUCGAUUGUAGCCACGGAACUGUACAGACUGGGGUUUCUGCUAGUGGUGAGUUGAAUAAUCAUAAUCAGACCACUUUGCUUCCAGAGGUUUUCAAUGAUGAAAAUGAUAUCAGCGACCACACUGCUAAGUCUGAUCUGAAGGAUAUGGAGCUAUCCGAUGUCACGGUACUAGAAAGAGGGGACCAAGCUCUCUCUGCUCUUGAGGUAGCUGAACCAGACGUUUCAGGGACCCAAUGCCAAGAUCUUCCUGUCAGCAGUGCCAAUACCAGCGCAACUGUUGAAGCAUCUUUGGAACUCACUGGGGUAUUACCAAAUACAACAAGCAGUGAACAUGAAUCUACUUUUCAGACUCAGACACAUACAGAGAUACUUCGAGUUGAGACUUCAGAAAGUGUUAAUGUUUCACUAAUGGACUCAAUGGUUGAAUCCACAUAUGGUGAUGUGUCUACGAAGGGUGACAAUAAGGAAGGUAGUGCUCGCAUAUCUUAUCUCAAACAAAGCAUGGAAUUAGCUGUCAAUGCCAAUGAUAGAGAUCAGGAUGCCAAGAGCUCUCAAGUCUUAUCUGAAAGCUUUGUAUCCGAGUCUGUUGGUUAUGUUUCAAGAGACUCUGCAUCCAAGCUGGUGGAGUCAAAUUCUCAGUCUGACACCAUUCCAAAAGAAAUUCCAGGGACUAUGAUUGACAUUAAAGAAUGUGAAGCCUUUCCUCUCAAACCUGAAGAAUCGCAACAUCUAAGCCAAGAUGGAGCUUCUGCUGUCAGUCUUACAGCUUCAGUAGAUUUACAUAUGGUGACUACAUCAUCUGAGGCUAAUGAGCAAGUCAAUUUCUCUGUAACCGAGAAGGUUUUAUCUGGCGAACCUGAAAAUUGCCAAACUGUUUCACCUGUGGAAGCAAGUAAUUCAGGGAUUCAUAUUGCACAACAACCUAGCAAGCAUACUGAAGAUACUCAGCAAAGUACACAAUUUCUCGAUGGUUGUCCUACCUCUGAAGGGUCAAAGGAUGCAGUAGAUGCUGAUGCCGCUGGACAAGUUUUGCCUCAGCAGUGCGAGGAAACAAUUUUAGAAAAAAAUCUAACAGAAGUUGUAAACGUCCCUGAGACUCGGUCAAUCCUGGACAAGGAUGCCUUAAAUGAAAACUCUAAAGCUAGCUCCUUGGCUAAUCUUCGGAGUGAAGCUGUGGCAGAUUGCCAGGAAGAGGAUAAGACUGCUGCAUCCGGUAGGAUUAUGACAUCUGCGACUUCUGUUUCAUACCCCGCAGGGACAAUGAUUGACGGUAAAGAAUGUGAAGCAUUUCCUCUCAAACCUGAAGAAUCGCAACAUCUAAGCCAAGAUGGAGCACCUGCUGUCAGUCUUACAUCUUCAGUAGAUUUACAUAUGGUGACUACAUCAUCUGAGGCUAAUGAGCAAGUCAAUUUCUCUGUAACCGAGAAGGUUUUAUCUGGCGAACCUGAAAAUUGUCAAACUGUUCCACCCGUGGAAGCAAGUAAUUCAGGGAGUCCUAUUGUACAACAACCUAGGAAGCAGACUGAAGAUACUCACCAAAGUACACAAUUUGUCGAAGGCUGUCCUGCCUCUGAAGGGCCAAAGGAUGCAGUAGAUGCUGAUGCCGCUGGACAAGUUUUGCCUCAGCAGUGUGAGGAAAGAAGUUUAGAAGAAAAUCUAACAGAAGUUAUAAACGUCCCUGAUUCUCAGUCAGUUCUGGACAAUGAUGCCAUAAAUGAAAACCCUAGAGCUAGCUCCUUGGCUAAGACUGCUACCGGUGGGAUUAAGACAGUUGCGACUCCUGUUUCACACCCCACAGGUGGUGUAAUUGAAGUAGGAGUGUCCUGUGCUUCUACAAGUUCUGAGCCUUUUGUAAAGUCCCAUGUUACUGGAACUGAAAACGCUGCUACAGAUUUAGGGUCUCAUGUCAUUUCUUCCCCAGCUCGUAAGAUGACCGAACUACAACUUAAUAAGACAGAGGAACAGAAUACUUUGAGUUUGAUGGCUACCGAAUCUCCGGCCUUGGAUAGAAACCCGACCUCCAGCAGUGGGCUGAACUUGACUUCCGAUCCAAGGAAAGCAGUGGAAAUUUCCAAAACUACCCUUGUCUCUCCGAUGGUGGUGGGAUCUCUGUCAAAAUCUAGCUUAGAGAAAACAGCUGCGAAGUCUUCGAAAACAAAAUCUGAGCGUAAACCCAGGCGAACACCUAAAUCUGCAGGAAAAGAGACUUCUAGAAAAGGAAAUAGUGUAAAGGGAGCUGCACCUUUUCAACAUUUUCAAAGUGCAGGCCAAGCAAAUGCUGUUAAUCAAAGUUCUGGUUCUUCUAUUCAAAUCACACACUCUACUGAGAAACAGCAAAGUCUUCAGACUCCUGUUCUUAAUUCGUUUGGUACCCUUUCAGCCCCCACGACUAGUCUACCGGAUAUGAAUUCUACUGCUCCCUCAAGCAUUUUUCGUCGACCUUUCACUGACUCGCAACAAGUGCAACUACGCGCACAGAUUUUUGUUUAUGGUGGUCUGAUCCAAGGGACAGCACCCGAUGAAGCUUAUAUGAUAUCUGCAUUUGGUGGUGCAGAUGGUGGGAGAGGCACUUGGGAGAAAGCAUGGCGUGCUUGUGCUGUGAGGGCUCAGAGAAUGCGUGUUUCUAGUCCUGAAACGCCAUUGCAAUCACGUGCAGGGAAGACAGAGACCCCGUCAAUGAGUCACACCAGUAGCAAAGUGAGUUCAGCGACGAAACCCAUAAUUCCACUCUCAUCACCUUUAUGGAGUUUGUCAACUCCCCUCGAAACUUUACAAUCAAGAAGCAUUCAGAGAGGUUCAGCUGCUGCACCACUGCCUUCUUCAUCACAUGCUCAUCAAGCUGCAUCAGUUACGAAUAUUGGACAUAAUACGGCUUGGAUGUCCCCUCUCCCUUACCCCAACCCGUGGCUUGCUUCUCCGCAGACCAGUGGGUUCGAUGUUGGUUCUCGUUUCCCCGUUUUCCCGAUCACCGAAUCUGUAAAAUUGACACCCACAAAAGAAUCGUCCUUGCCUUACUCUGGCGGUAAGCAUGUUCUGAGUGGAACUUCUGGCAAUGUUUUCAAAGGGACACAAACAAUUGAGCCAGCCAGUACCGUUGUAGCACCUGCUCAACACUCCACUGGGACGAAAUCAAGGAAACGGAAGAAAAUGCCAGUCUCUGUGGAGUCUGAUCCAAGCAUUUUGAAUUCGCUACAGCAGACAGAAGUAGUUGUCUCACCUCUUGUUUCUAUAUCAACACCUGUACCUAUUACAGCUGCUCCGGGUAGUCUGACUUCUAACGCAGGCACCCUGCCCAGUGUUGAUUCCAUCUCUGCAGUCCCUAUGAACCUGGUAUCUACGUUCCCUGGGAAGAAAAUGAAAUCAUCUUUGCAAUCCCCAAUUUUUGGUGGUAACCUUGUAUCUGAAGUUAAGCAGAGAUCUGUGUUGCCGGCAGAUACCAUUGAUAAGCUUAAUGAGGCUAAGAUGCAUGCAGAGGAUGCUUCUGCUCUCGCUACUGCAGCCGUUAGUCACAGCGAAUACGUAUGGAAGCAGAUAGAGCAACAGAGGCAUGCUGGCCUCCAGCCAGAAACUCAAGGCAGAUUAGCUUCCGCUGCUGUUGCCAUAGCUGCUGCCGCUGCAGUGGCAAAGGCUGCAGCUGCCGCCGCCAAUGUCGCAGCUAAUGCGGCAUUUCAGGCAAAAUUAAUGGCUGAAGAAGCAUCCCUUCCUAGUCUUUCUUAUCAGGGUAAUGAACUCCACAAGUCAAAUGAUGUACUAACUCAAGGCCAGGGUACCCCUGCUUCUGUCUUGAAGGGUGAAGGUGCAGUGGUCAGCUCCAGUCCGUUCCUUAGUGCUGCCAGAGAGGCGGCUAAGAAGAGGGUCGAGGCUGCCACAGCGGCCACCAAACGAGCUGAAAAUGUGGAGUCUAUUGUUAAGGCAGCAGAACUGGCAUCAGAGGCGGUUUCACAAGCUGGAAUACUUGUUUCAAUGGGUCAUCCUCCGUCGCUCAAUAAGCUGGUGGAGGUGGGUCCAAGUAAUUAUUGGAGGCAGGCUCAAGAAUCUGAGAAAGUGCAGCCUUGUAAAGUGGGUGUAUUAGAAAAAGAAACUGAGACUACUAGUGAUAGAGGUUUUGCUAGUCCCAGCACUGCGCAUACUGAGUUGGAUGGCUCCGUGAGAGCAGCUGAUGGUCUAGGUCUAGUUUCUGCCACUGGAAAGAAAACAAAUGGACAGAAAGGUCAUAUAAGUGCAGACGUGGCUAAACACACUGCUGUAGUUUUCGAGCCAGAAGUUGGGUCAAAAUCUUCGAUUGACACCCAGACUGAAAGUGAGCAGAUUAUGAAAAAAACAAACGACGAGUGCAUCAAGGAAGGUUCUCAUGUAGAGGUUUUCAAGGAAGGACCUGAAUUAAGAACCGCAUGGUACUCUGCCAAUGUAUUGAGCUUAGAGGAUGGGAAAGCUUAUGUGCUGUUCAGUGACCUUUCUGUAGAACAAGGAACAGAUAAGCUGAAGGAGUGGGUAGCCCUCAAAGGUGAAGGUGAUGAGGCCCCGAAAAUAAGAACUGCUCGUUCUAUUACUGCCCUGCCAUAUGAAGGAACCAGGAAGAGGCGUAGAGCUGCCAUUGGGGAUCCUGUUUGGAAAAUUGGAGAUAGGGUAGACUCGUGGGUUCAUGACAGUUGGUUGGAGGGUGUUAUCACGGAGAAGAACAAAAAUGAUGAAAAUACAGUGACUGUGCAUUUUCCAGCACAAGGAGAGACUUUGACUAUCAAAGCUUGGAAUCUUCGUCCUUCUCUUGUAUGGAAAUAUGGAAGGUGGAUUGAAUGUUCUACUUCAGGAGAAAACAUCUGCUCGUCACAUGAGGGUGAUACUCCAAAGGAGAAGCGUCCUAGACUAGGAGCUCCAUCUCCUGUGGCUGAAGGAAAAGACACGAAAAUGGAAACUGUAGUUGAUCCGGAUUUAGGUAAACCGCCUCAGACUGGUGUUCUCGACCUCGGUGUUUCAGAGACUACAUUUAACAUCGGGAGAAAGGAGGGCAAUCCUGGUCCACUCCGAAUGAAGAGAACCGGUUUGCAAACGCAGGGAGCAAAAGUGAUCUAUGGUGUCCCUAAACCUGGAAAGACAAGGAAGUUCAUGGACGUGAGCAAACACUACAUUUCAGAGGCGAGCAAUCAAACUCGGAAACAGAAGGAACCAGCUAAGGCUGUGAAACCAAUUGUGCCCCAAAAUCCAGGACCAGGGAGCUGGAGAUUGCCUUCUAAACCGAGAGAAAAACAGACAACAACAACAACGAAGCCCAAGACUUUCAAACCUGCGCCCAAGACCAAAGAGAAGCCGGUUGCUGCACCUAGGAUAAUUCCCCGCAAGGACUCUCGUAGUACAACAUCCUCAAAUAUGGAAUCUGAAGAUGCCGUUGGUCAGAGUGGAGAGAACAAAGGUCCUGCAUCAACUUCCAGGGAUCCAGCCAAGGGAACAGGGGAAGAGCAAAUCACAUCAUCUUCACAACAAGGCCAAGAUACUUGUUCCCAGUCAAGCACUACUGGUAAAGGGAAAGUAGCUCCUACUGCAGGGAGGUUAGCCAAGAUUGAAGAGGCCAAGGCGUUGGAUGAUAAUUCUUCAAAAACAUCAGAUGGAAUGGAACCACGUAGGUCUGUCCGCAGGAUUCAGCCAACUUCUAGACUACUUGAAGGUCUGCAAACAUCGAUGAUGACCUCAAAGAUUCCUUCCAUGUCACACAGCAGAAGUCACCAAAGUCAAAGGAAAAAGUAACUCUAGAGAUUUUGUUUUUGGCAGGCAAGUAGGUGAUGGAAGUAGCAAAAGCUAAGUGCACAUAAAAACCUAAAAGGAAGUAAGAGGCAGUCUGCUGUUGUUUGGUUCAAGCUCCGUUGUUGGUUGGGGGAGAGAUGAUAUGUUAUUGUAGGUGUGUUUUUGAUGUUUAUUUUAGUCAGAUGUUCUCUCUCUCUCACUCGGUGUGUCUCAGUGAGAUAAGAUGGAAGUAUAUUCGUGACAUUGUUGUAGGAACUAAAACAACAGUUUUAUUAUUGCCAAGUAUCAUCAUCA